CGAAUUGUCACCUUGAAUUCAAACUUAAAUCUAAUAAUGAUAUUAUAAAUAUUUGUUUUAUGCCAAAUAUAUUUCCAAAUUUGACAGAAAAUAACUGAUAUAUUUUAUCAAAGUAAAUGUUUAAAAAAUUAACAGUUCAAAUGGCUUAUAAUUUAUCUUAUAAGCAGGGACAACAUGUGUACACCAAAGACGGUAAUUUCAAGAUGGGCGAACCAUGCAAUCAAAAAUUGCUUCAUAAAAAAUUAGAUUGUCCAAUUUAUAUUCAUGAAUAUAGACACUGUGUCGAUUCAAAUUUUUCCGAUAAGCGUAUCGAAAAAUAUUCGAAAUUUUUUAAUCAAAACCCUAAAAGAAUACUAAAUAAAAUAGAGGAAACCUAUUGGGCAACGUGGAAACCUAGUAACUACAAGACUAAAGAAACGAAUAAUAAAGAAAGAAAGCACGAAAGUGAAAGUAAGGAAACGUAUGUUCCGAAGAAACAAAGAGAAAUGGAAAAUAACAAUUUAAUUGGUGACGCUGCGCAAGAAUUGAUAGAAUAUGUUAAUAAACCUACCAAUGUAGCUGAGUCAAUUUCAGAGAAAAUCAAAACGUCAAUUUAUUACUCAGAAAAGAAACUAUCUCAUCUCUCCUUCUUGGAGAACCAAGUACAAGUUAACAAACAAGAUCCAGCUCAAGUUCAUUCCCUCGUGGCAGAAGCUAACAACCUAGAUUCUGAUAAAAUCGUAAACAGAAGUCAAAUAUUUGACAAUACAGAAGAGAAAAUAAAUUCUGAAUCUUCACUAAAGUUACUUAAACAUAUAGAUUCGUUUAUUAUUAUUCUAAAAAAGCAACUAGAAAAAAGAGAGUCACAUUUUGAACAGCCAAAAUGUAUAAAAUUAUAUAAAACUUCCGGAAAACGUAAUUACAUAAAAGGUGGUACCUAUCCCCUGAAGUCUUCUAAGAAGAAAGAAGUAAUUAGUAAGGGAAAUUUUCGAUUAGGGCCCCCCGGCCAACUUAUGAUAACUAAUGGCGGUUAUAACAAAAGACCAUUGCAAGUGAAUUAAGAUAGUAAUAUAUUAUAAAUAGAA